GGGAUUGGGAGUAGUCUUGGGACACUGACCAGCCCAGGGAUUGGCAGCGGCACUGGGACACUGACCAGCCCAGGGAUUGGGAGCGGCACUGGGACACUAACCAGCCCGGGGAUUGGGAGCGGCAUUGGGACACUAACCAGCCUGGGGAUUGGGAGCAGCACUGGGAUACUAACCAGCCUGGGGAUUGGGAGCGGCACUGGGACACUAACCAGUUCUAGGAUUGGGAGCGGCACUGGGACACUAACCAGCCCGGGGAUUGGGAGCGGCACUGGGACACUAACCAGUCCUGGGAUUGAGAGCGGCACUGGGACACUGACCAGCUUGGGGAUUGGGAGCAGCACUGGGACACUAACAAACCCAGAGAUUGGGAGCAGCACCGGGACACUAACCAGCCCGGGGAUUGGGAAAGGCACUGGGACACUAACCAGUCCUGGGAUUGAGAGCGGCACUGGGACACUAACCAGUUCUAGGAUUGGGAGCAGCACUGGGACACUAACCAGCCCGGGGAUUGGGAGCGGCACUGGGACACUAACCAGUCCUGGGAUUGAGAGCGGCACUGGGACACUAACCAGUUCUAGGAUUGGGAGCAGCACUGGCACACUAACCAGCCCGGGGAUUGGGAGAGGCACUGGGACACUAACCAGCCCGGGGAUUGGGAGCGGCACUGGGACACUAACCAGUCCUGGGAUUGAGAGCGGCACUGGGACACUAACCAGUUUUAGGAUUGGGAGCGGCACUGGGACACUAACCAGCCCGUGA